AUGAAAACGAAAGGUUUCCGGCAACAAGCAGGAUUCGCUUGUGAAAACUGCCGGAGGCGCAAAGCAAGAUGUGACCGCGUCCGUCCAGAAUGCAGUCUCUGCGCAGAGAUGGGAGUCACCUGUGUGGUGAUUGAACAGAGACCACAGCGCGGGCCCAAGAAAGGACAGCUGGAUGAGAUGCGGACACGGAUUGGUGAGUGUUUUGACCUCGAGCCGGCCAGUCCAGUCCAGGCUAUCGGGGAAUUCAAGAGGACGAAUUUGGUUUUGGCCGAUCUAAAUCAACUGUAUUUUGAUCGCGUUCAUGAUACGUUACCCAUGAUACACCGGCAGCGGUACUUUAGUUGGGCCGAUCAGGAGAAUCCAUCCCCUGCUCGAAACUGUCUGCGAUCAGCCAUGCAUACUGUUGCAGCGGCCAAGUCGGCACAAUAUCACAGUCUUGGUGAUGCCCUCUACCAAGAGACGUGUCAACUGCUAGAAUCACAACACACGCGAAAAUUAAGUAGAAGUGGUAGUACAUCGAUCGACAACAUCAAUGACCUCAACCCUAAUAAGUCUUGCGCUGGCCAGCAGAUUUCUCUUGAGCUGGUCCAGGCCUGGCUCCUCCUAGCACACUAUGAAUUUCUACGUAUCGACGAGCAUCAGGCUAUGCUCACGGCCGGACGUGCGUUUCGACUGGUGCAAUUGGCACGCCUCUAUGAUGUUGAUGAGAGUAGCAGCGGCGGCAGCGUUGAUGACAUGCCGCUACAUCCGUUUGAUGGCUCCGACGGUGAUGAACACGAGGAGGAUCUUUCAUAUGCAAUUACUGAAGAGAAGAGACGAACUUUCUGGCUGGCUUUUAACUUUGAUCGCUUUCUCUGCUCACGCAACGAGUGGCCUUUGACGCUGCAGGAAGAAGCCGUCCGUACGCGUCUGCCUGCUCCUGAAGAGAGUUUCCAGAAUAACCAGCCGGUUCAGAUGUGCUUCCUAUCCGAAGUACUCGCCGUGGCUGAUAACAUUCAGGCUGAUGCCUCUACAAUUAUACCACUUGCACCAUUCGCAGAAUGUGUCGUACUAGCGGCACUGCAAGGUCGUUGCAUGGCCCAUCGACGCAUGUCGCUGGUCAGCAGCAGUGGAGCAGAUGGCGCCCAGGAAUUCUGGGCAAGGCACGAGCAAUUGGUAUUGGCUAUGGAUAAGCGGUACCAGAUGCUUGCGCAAAGCGCAGCAUUCACAAUGGCCAACCGCGACCCCAUGGUGAUCUUCACAUACAUGCUGGCUCAAAAGGUGAUUAUCAACCUUGACAGCAUUCUAGAGACCGUACCCUGGCAGAGACAGCCACAACAAAAGACUGCCGACCGCCAGCUUCUUGCCACAUCAUACAAAUGGCGGGCUGAGCGGGCGGCAGUUGACAUGGUGCGUCUUGCUAGGUCGGUCAGAUCAGUUGGUUGCUUCGCGUUGCAUCCGUUCAUGGCUGAUCCACUUGCCUGUGCUGCCGACUUCUUGAUCCGAAACACCAAGUCUGUCAAUAAUACUAGGAGUUCGGGAAAUGUAAGCGGUAUGCCCAGUUGCAUGGCCAGUAUUGCCAGCAACAACAAAGAGGUAGAGAUCCUGCUUCUUUUGCUUCGAAGCCUACGCUACGUCAAUAUUUUAGCACAAGACUAUCUCAGCACUCUCGAGUUUGAAUAUAACAGUAUUCGCAUGUAUAAUAAGCUGUGGCAGCUGAAAUAA